UAUUCACUCCCAAAGUCAGGACGUACUUCUAGAUUUCGACGGAGAAUGCGACUACUUUUGCUCUGUUUAGUGGGGCUUCUCGGCCUCACAGAUCUGACCCGGGCCGCCAGCAAUCUGAUCUGCUACUAUGACUCGGCCUCGUAUCUGCGCCAGGGCCUGGCCAAGCUGGCGCCCAACGACCUGGAGCUGGCCCUGCAGUUCUGCACGCAUCUGGUGUACGGCUAUGCGGGCCUCAAGCCCGGCACCAACGAGCUCUUCAGCCUCAACGUGGACCUGGACAUGUUCCACUACAAGGACAUAACGGGCCUGCACGCGAGGUUCCCCCAGCUGAAGAUCCUGCUGAGUGUGGGCGGGGACCACGACGUGGACGAGACUCAUCCCAACAAGUAUGUGGAGCUGCUGGAGGCGAAUCGCACCAGCCAGCAGAACUUCAUAGACAGCAGCAUGUUCCUGCUGAAGCGGAAUGGCUUCGACGGCCUCGAUCUGGCCUUCCAGCUGCCGCGGAAUAAGCCCCGGAAGGUGCACGGCUCCAUUGGCGGCUACUGGAAGCAGUUCAAGAAGCUCUUCACCGGCGACUUUGUCGUGGACCCCCAGGCGGAGCAGCACAGGGCCCAGUUCACGGAUCUGGUGGGCAACCUGCACCAGGCCUUCAGCAAUGCCAACCUCAUGCUGACCCUCACGGUUCUACCGAACGUGAACUCCACUUGGUACUUCGAUGUCCCCAAGCUGCAUCCCCAGCUGGACUACAUCAAUCUGGCGGCCUUCGACUUCCUCACGCCGCUGCGCAAUCCCGAGGAGGCCGACUACACGGCCCCGCUCCAUCUGCCGGACGAACAGAACCGCCUGCCCCACCUGAACGUCGAGUUUCAGGUCAACUACUGGCUGCACAACCACUGUCCUGCCCACAAACUGAACCUGGGCAUCGCCAGCUACGGCCGUGCCUGGCAGCUGACCAAGAACUCCGGCCUGAGUGGCCUGCCCGUGGUGCCGGAGACGUACGGACCAGCGCCCGGUGGCCUGCAGAUCGCCAGUGCCGAGGGCCUGCUCAGUUGGCCGGAGAUCUGCUCGAAGCUGGUCCAGAACUCCACGGCCCUGUACAGGGGGGCCGCGGCGCCCCUGCGCAAGGUCACGGAUUUGAGCCAGAAGUACGGCAACUACGCUCUGCGUCCGGCCGACGAGAACGGCGAUCACGGCCUGUGGCUGAGCUACGACGAUCCCGACUUUGCGGGCAUCAAGGCGGCCUACGCCAAGAGCCGGGGACUCGGCGGCAUGGCCGUCUUCGAUCUGGGCUGCGACGACUUCCGGGGCCUCUGCACGGGCCAGAAGUAUCCCAUAGUACGUUCUAUUAAGUAUUUCAUGGGCUGAAAGGGGGCCGGGAGGGGAGCUAACGAUGGCGAAAUAAAUUUUGUAAAUUCUAAUCAGCAAA